AUGCUAAUUGAUGCAACUCGUAUUAGUAAAUGGACGAGACUACGAAGAACAGCAGCUUGGGCAUUAAGAUUUUUAAGAUAUAUAUCGAAGGGAAGAUUCACAUGGUUGAAAGAAGUACCAGAAGACACAGAAUUAACGUCAUACGAACUUGCCGAAGCAACCAAAGCCUUAAUUAUACAAGCUCAAUCAGAAGGAAUCGCCCAUACAUUAUCAGAACUAAGAAGAAACUUCUGGAUACCUAAAGGCAGAACAGAAGUAAAAAGCGUAUUAAACAAAUGCAUGGCGUGUAAAAGAUGGAAAGCGAAGCCAUUUAAAUUACCAAUCAUGCCAAAUGUACCAGAAUCUCGAAUUAUACGGACUCGGACGUUUGAAAAUGUCGGCCUGGACUACCUAGGCCCUCUUUCUAUAAAGGGCGAAAGUGGUCUUACCAAAAGAUGGGUAGCCCUAUUUACAUGCUUUACAACCAGGGCUGUACACCUUGAAUUAGUAGAUGAUUUAACAGCUGAAAGUUUUGCACACGUAUUAAGAAGAUUCAGCGCGCGUCGAGACUAUCCUAGACUGAUUCUCAGUGAUAAUGCUAACCAAUUUCAAUUAGUUUUUAAGACCAUUAUGAAAUACACUACCAAAAUGAAAAACUUCCUAACAAUGAAGGGAAUCAUUUGGAAGAGUAUAACUCCAAGAGCCCCGUGGAGUGGCGGAGUGUAUGAACGGUUGAUUGGCUUAACAAAAAAUGCGACGAGAAGAUGCAUUGGAAGGAAAUUAUUAUCGCAGAAGGACUUGAUCACAUUAAUAGUGGAAAUAGAAGGCAUAUUGAACACCCGACCACUGACAUACGUAAGCUUCGAGGACUACGUGAUCAUACGACCAAUUGAUUUCAUUUCACCAAACGCCUCUCUGGAACGGACUCAAAGAAAUCACAUCUCCCCAAGAUCAGUUAAUGCAAGGGAGUCUGUGGAACAAGAAAUUGUAUUAAUCAAUGAACCAAAAAUUCCCCGUGGAAUGUGGAAACUAGCAAAAAUAAAGGAAAUCAAGAGAGGACGAGAUGGACAAAUAAGAAAUGCUAUAAUCGAAUUGCCACAUGGAAAACUACUCGAUAGACCAGUGAAUCUAUUAUAUCCUCUAGAAGUUGAUGACAAAGAAAUAAAAGAAACUAAUCAACAACCAAUCCCAGAAACUCCAAUACAACAUUCUGAACCGGAGGAACCAAUUGCUAGAAGAACCGGAAGGGCCACACAGAUACAAGAAGGAACUCGAUCAAUUACUAAGUCAAUAACGAAUUGUUUAUAUUUAGUAGCGCUGUUCCUCAUAACCGCAGUUGAAACAAACGCCAAGCAAAAUUGUAAAUGGGUAUCAGGUACUCCUUUUAAUAUUCCGCAAAAAUGGAAUUGUAAUGGAAUUACACCACAAAGAGUCACAUUGGCUCAAGUCACAGUUUAUACUGGAACUCAUAUUCGGAUACCUGCAAUCAAAUGUA